CACGGUGGACAAAUACUAACGUUGGAGAUCUACAUCCCAGUCGUCCAACCGCAGCGCCCCCUCGGACUUCUUCACGUGCCUUUCCCAGAUUCUCUUGCGGUCCAUCGUCGAAUCUAUCUGAUUAGAAACGGGCUGCACACGAGCUCGAAGGAGGGAACGCCGGGGGAGGAAAAAGGAAAGAAAAAAAUGUCGACAGGGCGCUCACAACUCGAUGGAUCGACCACGUUGCCCGACCCAUGUGCGAUAAGCCACGCUUCUGCGACACGCCACAACAAGCAUACAUCCCUACUUCUCACCUACGAAAUCACACACUCGAAACGCGAUAGCAUCUAGUACGCAGUACAGCCCAUCCGUGCCUGGCCUGCCUUGCCUGACACCACUUUUUUGGGAACGUUUGGGAACGUUGACAGUCGAUAAUCGUCGGGUAAAUCUUGGGGAGGCAAGCAGCUGCGAGCGUACAGCAAUGGGUCAUGUCGAUACGAUGAGAUCGUCGACUAUCAAAGAUGAUUCCGAUGAUUCCAAUGAUUCGACUGACAGAUCCCGGCCUCGUGGAUAUCCAGCUCCCAUCCGACAUCGCGCUCACGGCGAGGCAGCCAGAGCCCAGUCUAGACCCGCGCAAGACCGGCACUGAUAGCCCCUCGUCGAGGCUCCUUCGUAUUGCUUAAACCCUCGGUUCGGCGAAUGGCGAAAGGGAAACGAGGGAAGACCGUUAUUUGUUUCUUGUCCUUGAUCUAUUCUUUUCUAUUCUUGUUGAUGUUGAUGUCCUUCCCUUCGGCGAUAAUGGAGUGCGGUUUGGGCUGGGUAAACGUUGAUUCGGAGCUAUGGGAAUGCAUGCAUGCGUUGACUGCGUUGAUAGUGGGCUCCGACCACUUCGGACGUGGGUUCUUGUGUUUAUUUGCUCGCAGAGCUCACCGGCUGAAACUCGAAUUUGGACCAUGUGUAGGGCGGUAAGGACAAUGGAUUAUUUUCAGGAGGAAGUCAUGUCGAAAUCGAUCCAAGCUCGUAUAUAGUCGAAACGUCCCUGAGAAAUGACACUAUCGAGGUCAUUUUCCACCCCAUUGGGUCCAGUGCUGCCAGUGCCACAGCAAUCAACGUCCCUUUUUCCCCACUUGAUGCACGAUGCCUAAAAAACCGAUAGCUUCGAGGGGGGAUCCAUCUUGAUGGACGACGCCAAAAAGACGCCUUCACCGAACACGUCGCGGCUGAUGAGCCGCAUAUGCAUCAUGAUUGAUACGUCUCGGCCGUAUGGGAAUACGAAUACACACAGUAAUAGUAGCAUCAUUGCCAUCGUCGUCGCUGUCACUCGGAGCGCCAGACCC